AUGUUGGGCAAGAACCUUCUGACCCUGGCAGCCCUUUGCCUAUCCGCCAGCGCACACGUGCUGAAUAACGGAAACCAGUACGAUGUCCGCCAGGCUGCAACGACCACUAUUACCACUUCGCACUCGGGUUCUACAAGCAUUGCCAGCUCGACUGCUCACAGCUCGUCCUCCAGCCAUGCCUCUAGUGCCAGCUCAACUCACGCCGCCAUAAGCUCAGCCGCGGCAAGUGCCUCCAAAGCCAGCAGCUCUGUUUCCGCCGCAGUAUCCAAGGCUUCAUCUUCGGCUGCGGCGGCUGCUUCUUCUUCUGCUUCGAAGGCUAGUGGCACGACUUCGUCCGCUGGUGCUACUGUCACCAAGUCUGGUUCUGCUGCAGUCGCUGUCAAUGGCGUAUUCGUCGGUCUGCCGGCCGCGGUGCUUGUUGUGGCCAUGGCUCUGUAG